AUGGCAUCUUCAAAGAACAAACGAACUAAGAAGACUACUCGUAUUAUCAAGCUACUCAGUUGUCGUUUUGGCGUCAAGAAGAAGCAGGCGCCAGCGACUCGCAAACAGUGGAACCAAGGUGGCACCAAGGUUAACAUGUCUGCUAGUAGCAGCGACCUGGAUAACUUGCCUAGCGAACUGCUCAAGAAGCAGGCGCCAACAACUAGCGAACAGCAGAAAAAAGGCGGCAUGAAGGCUGACAUGUCUGCUGGCAGCAGCAACCUGGUUGGCUUGCAUGGCGACCUGCUCCGUCAGGUGGCCUGCUUCCUCGGCAGGGAUGACCUUGGCAGCUUGGCAUUGACGUCUCCUACAAUCUAUCAGCAUCUGAGCAUUGGAAGUGUCCACCAUCAUCAGGGCCGCAACCUUGAUAAUAAUGAUCGUUUUGUCAAUUUUAACGAUCGUUUUGGCUAUGGGUGGGGGUACGCGGCCAAAUUGCAGGGCGUCGUUGCUGGUGCCACCUUUGCCAACCGACCUAUCCAUUCCAUGCAGGUGUCCUUCCGCUGGCGGGAUCAAGGAUGGGGCAACCAGAAGGGAAUGGCACGUGUUGUGGCAGUGAAUGCCGAUAAUACUAGUCAUUGCCAAGUGAGCUGCACACAUAGUGCCGGAAUUGCACCCCAUGCAGAGGCAGAACAAAAGUCCAUGUGUUUCAUGCCCGUCCCUGGGAUGGAAUACUUCUUGCAGAUUUUGGUAGGUGGUGGUGGCGGACAUUCGCUACAUCUCAAGAAUAUUCAACUUCACUAUAUCAUUUUCGAUGAUGAGGAACACAGUGUCACCCGAACUCAUCAGCAACUGUUGGGAGGAGGUACAACAGUCGCCUUGGACUUUCCAUUGCUGCUUCGCCAGUGUCAAGCAGUACUGGCAGAGCUGCACGGCAGAGCCCAAAUGGGAAGUCAAGAAGAAAUCACUGAGCUCGACGCCAUUCUUAAACGUAUGGGGCGUGAAAAGACACCUGCCUCUCUUGAAUUACUCCAAGAAGUUCUCUUGGCCGAGUCCAAGUACCAAGAGCAAGUUCAGGCCACAACUUGGACAAUGGGCAUUGGUUCGAGUGAGCCAAUGCCAACCAUCGCGAAUAAUCGGCGUCCUGGCUUGCGCCUCGGUUGGUGA